CGAGCAUCAUGGUGAGGUAGAAAUGAGGAAGUAUGUGAAAGGAGGAAGAGCUCGAGCAUGCAUUAAGAUGUGUCCGUGUCACAUUUUUUUUUAAAAUUUUUUUAAAUGCAAUUUUUUCUCAUCGCCUCAUUCUUUUUUUGUUCCCUUUUAUUUUCGUAAAAUCAAAUUUUCCUCGUCAUUCUCCUCCUCGCCGACGAUUCUAGGUUUUCCAGCCCUCCCUCACCGCGACGGGCUCUCUCUCGCGGCUCCCUCCCGAGAAUCUGGGGUUUCCAGCCCUCUCUCGCCGCGCGCUGAUAAAAAGGAAGAUUGUGCUGAAAUUGGAGAGAGCGCGGUGAUACGGUUAGAUAGGGUUGCGGUUAGAGAGGAUUCCAGACUCGCCAUGGCCUCGAUCUUCCCCUUCUCUCCCCCUGCCAUUGUCGCUCCCCGUUCCCCAGUUCCAAUGGGGAGACCCUCUUUUAGACUCCACGUUUCUUCCUCGUCUCCGUCUCUUUCGAAGCCUGAGGUCGUCGUCACCAGAGAACGAGGCAAGAAUGCGAAGCUCAUGAGCGCUCUGGCGAAACAUGACAUUCGGUGUUUAGAGGUUCCUCUUAUUGAGCAUACCGAAGGACCUGAUGUGGGUAAACUUCCGUCCUUGUUAUGUGAAUCUGAAUUUGAUUGGAUCGUCACAACUUCCCCUGAAGCUGCAGCAGUGUUCCUUGAAGCUUGGAAGGCUGCUGGAACUCCCAAAGCACGCAUUGGUGUUGUUGGAGCUGGUACAGCAAGUGUUUUUCAGGACGUGCUGCAGUCAUCUGAGCAGCCUCUUGAGAUUGCUUUCUGUCCCUCGAAAGCGACUGGAAAAGUGUUAGCUUCUGAGUUGCCAAAAUAUGGUGAGAACAGUAAAGUUUUGUAUCCUGCAUCUGUAAAAGCUGGCAAUGAAAUUGAGGAAGGAUUGUCAGCUCGGGGAUUUGAUGUUGUAAGGCUGAAUACCUAUAAUACUCUAGCUGUUGAACGUGUGGAGAAAAAGACUUUGGAACUUGCUCUUUCUUCUCCAGUUGUAGCUGUGGCUUCCCCUUCUGCAGUCCGUGCAUGGGUUAAUCUUAUCCCAAAAGCAGAGAAUUGGGACAAUUCAGUUGCUUGUAUUGGCGAGACAACUGGUUUAGCUGCCAAAAAACUAGGUUUGAAGAAUGUAUACUAUCCAAAAAAUCCAGGUCUUGAAGGGUGGGUUGACAGCAUACUAGAAGCUUUGAGAGUUCACGGUGAAGGCCAACAGAAAGGGUGAACCGACCAAUUGUAAUGUUCCAAGUUGUCAAAAGUUUCUACGCCAAGUGUGGGUUUCUGUCGCAAGCACAGAAGGUGUUCAACUAAAUGCCUGCAAGAGAUAUUGUUGCCUGGGCUGUGAUGCUGAAGGCCUAUGCUAAUGGAGGGGACUACUGGAGUGAAAUGAUGCACCUAUUUGUAGAGAUGUUGUGCGAAGCCAUUACACCAAAUUCUGACACAAUGCUGAGCCUACACCUGAUCUGGGUGAGCAGCUCCAAGCAUUUGCAGUUAAGUGGGCAUUGGAUUCUGAUGCUUUUGUUGGGAGUUCCUUGGUCAGUGUCUAUUCUAGAAAUCGGAGCCGUGGUCUUCGACAGAAUUCCUCAGACAGAUGUAGUCUGCUAACUGUUUGAUAUUGGGGUAUGGAAGAGCUGGGAUAGCAGAGGGCCUCAUAUCUUUGUACUCCGAAAUGUGCUCGAAGGAAUUGAUGCCGAAUCAAUCUACAUUUGUAGGACUGCUCAGCGGAUGUGCACAUUCUGGUUUGAUUGUCUUGUCAAAGCAGUUUCAUGCUCAAGUAAUUGUGCGGGGAUUCGGUUUCGAUGAGGUUGUCCAAGUGAUCCUCGUUGAUAUGUAUGCAAAGUGUGGUGACAUUGAAUCUGGUCGCACUGUCUUUGAUAUGUCUAUGGUUAAACGGAAUGUUACUAUUUGGAACUCACUAAUUUGCGGCUACGGAAAGCAUGGGCGCAGUCUGGAGGCCCUGGGAGUUCCUGAUCACACUACUUUCACCUGUCUCCUAUUAGCUUGCAGACACUCGGGGUUGGCAGAUGAUGGACGGAGAUUGUCUUGCUCGAUGCGGAAGCGAUAUGGAGUACCAUCCAGAGAGGAGCACUAUAGUUGCAUGGUGGAUCUCUUCAGGCGAGCGGGAAUUGUGAAGGAAGCCUAUGAACUUAUAAUUAGAUCAGCAUGCAAAUUGGGACCUUCUGUAUGGGGUGCUCUACUUGGCGCCUGUAAACUGUUUUUGAUUUCAUGGAAUCUGCCUCUGUCCAUCCUGAUCACAUUACUUUCACCUGUCUCCUAUUAGCUUGCAGCUACUCAGGGUUGGCAGACGAUGGACGGAGAUUGUUUUGCUCGAUGCAGGAGUGUUAUGGGGUACCAUCCAGAGAGGAGCACUAUAGUUGCAUGGUGGAUCUCUUCAGGCGAGCUGGAAUGGUGAAGGAAGCUUAUGAACUUAUAAUUAGAUCAGCAUGCAAAUUGGGACCUUCUGCAUGUGGUGUUCUACUUGGCGCCUGUAAACUCCAUGGAGAUUCAACUAUCUGAGAAAUUGUCGCACAGAAGCUCUUUGAUCUAGAGCCAGAGUGCUGGGAUCAUAUGUUGUAUUGUGUAACAUCUACUCUGCAGGGAAGCAGUGGCAGACGAAUGACGUCAGAGAGUUAAUGGAUGAUUGGAAUAUAUCGAAAGAUACCGGUCACAGUUGGAUCGAAGUUGGUGGAAUGGUGCACAGAUUCAGAGCAGGCAGUGGAAGCUUGGAUUACACGACUGUUUGAAUGAAGUAUAUUUGGUUUGUAGAGACUCGACUUGCAUGCUUUUGCCUGUGAUACAUACAGAGAGAGUUACAUUAUGCAAUCCAUUUCUUCGAAUCCAUAAGAAUCAAGCUUUCGAGAUUGUGGUAACUGAAGCUAGCUUUUAACAUGUUGCCAGAGCUACAUUUUGCAAUCCAUUUCUUCGAAACCAUAAGUAUCAA